GAGAAGAGUUUUUCUAGGGUUCCGCAUUUCUAUUGUAUUGUAAUAGAGAGCUGAUUGAAGUACUGAUAUCCAAAGCUAUUGUCUUCCUUAGUUGAUGGACUUCGAUGUCUUCUGCUGUCAAUAAUACUUCUCUCUUUCCGAGCAAUCAAGCAUGAGUUCUGAGGAACAAAGAAUAGGGACAAUAGCAGCUGCCCGACCAGAAAGGUGAUGAUCAUCGACUUUCCGAUCCAUCAAGCUCCCCAGAAGGCUCUAAUCCCCAGUUAUCUUCUUCACUCUUAAUAAAUCCGCAAAUCCCUUCCAUUUUUCUCUGUCUAUACUCGAUUAAUUUGAGCACUUGGAGAGGCUAUGGAGGGGAUUAUGAGCGGUGAGUCUGAAUGCUCGAAGACAAGUCCUUCUAAUGACCGAAAUGAGGAAGGCAGUAGUGAGAGUGGUGAGAACUGCGAUGGCGAAAUCAGUAAGCCCAAAAACAAUGGAGGAAGCUCAAGCAACAGCACAGUGGAGGAAAGUGAUAAGAAAAAAGGAUCGGUGCGACCCUAUGUUAGAUCCAAGAUGCCAAGGCUCAGAUGGACACCGGAUCUCCAUCUUCGCUUUGUUCACGCCGUGGAGAGGCUAGGAGGACAAGACAGAGCUACACCAAAAAUGGUUCUUCAGCUGAUGAACAUCAAGGGGCUAAAUAUUGCACAUGUCAAGAGCCAUUUACAGAUGUAUAGAAGCAAGAAGAUCGACGACGCAGGCCAAGUGAUAGCAGAUCAAGGCCAUCAUCUUGUUGAAUGUGGAGAUAAAAAUAUUUACAACCUCAGCCAACUUCCCAUGCUUCAAGGAUAUAACCGAAGCCAUAUGAGUUCCAGCUUCAGAUAUAGAUACGGUGAUGCCAAUUCUUGGAGUACUAGUGCUUAUGAGAACUUGAGGCAUCCAAGAAGACCUGGUGGAAUAUUGCAAGGGACUAUAGCUGAGAGAUUCUUUGGCAGCAGUGCCACAAUUAGCAACUGGAACAAUAUCGCUUACAGCAAUUUCCGAACAAGCUCCGAACAAGUACCGUCUUGGAAUACUCAUACACUCAAAGACGAAUGCAGCCAGUUGUACAACACUCGUCGACAGUCCUUGCAAGCACAUCAAAGUAGGUUGAGUCUCAUUGAUCAACUUCAUCCUACGGCUCAUGUGCAAUCCAAAGCAAAGGAUCACUUCACAAGUUUGAGCAGCGCACAAACCAAUGUACAAGAGUUGAAGACAUUGAAAAGGAAGGCUUCGGAUUGCGAUCUUGAUCUAGAUCUAUCUCUCAGGUUAACAACGAAGACUAAUGACGAGAUCCCAAGAAGUAUUACUCUGAAGGACGAUGAAGUUGAUUGCACUAGUCUUUCUCUGUCACUGUACUCGCCGCCAUCGGGAAAACGCAGCAAAGUGAAGGAAUAAAAUCAACGAAUUCGAAGAUAAAAGUAUGGAGCAUAAAUAUAUUUGCAAAGAAAGAGCUAGCUGAGCAAGUACUCUGGAUCUGACUAUAUGAAUGAGACAGUAUUCUAAGUGAGAUAUUGAGGUACUUGCUCAAAAUUACAACAGUGUCAAUCUUGUUAUUGUGAUGAAUUGUCUUAUUAUUGUACUGCUUUUAUACAUAUAAACUUUUUUCUUGUUCAUCUU